AUGGCGCAGAAACCGCAGACUCUAGAUGGAAAGUUAGCCAUCGUGAGCGGGAGUUCGAAAGGCAUUGGCGCUGCCAUAGCGAUUGAGCUUGCCUCCAGAGGCGCUCUCGUGGUCAUAAACUAUCCGUACACUUCACUUGAACCAGAAGCCGAAACCACUUUGGAGAAGAUCCGGGCCACCAGUGGGAACCAUGUCAGCGAGUGCUUCGCCAUCCAGUCGGAUCUGUCGACCUUGGAUGGCCCAAAAUACCUGGUCGAGGAGGCCGUCAGGAGAACCAAUGGCCGAAAAGUUGACAUCCUUGUGAACAAUGCCGGCAUUGCCAGGAUGACAUUCCUCAAAGAUAUCACCAUGGAGGAGUGGGACGCGCAGGUGAACUUGAACGGCCGCGGGACGCUCCUCUUGACCCAAGCCGUCUUGCCACAUCUGGCCAAGCCGAGCCGGAUCGUGAACCUGAGCUCAAGCGGAGCGAGACAGCCCUAUCCAGGGGCAAGCAUUUAUAACGGGACGAAAAGUAUGAUUGAAAGUUUUACUCGAUGCUGGGCUGUUGAACUUGGCCGAGAAUAUCAGUGUACCGUGAAUGCCAUCUGUCCUGGAGCCACGAGUACCGACGCUUUCAACACGUUGACGGGCGCGACUCGAGACAGUCUCAAGCCGAUGCUGGAGAUGACUCCCGCAGGUUCACGAAUUGGGGAGGCGGAGGAGAUGGCGUAUGCGGCCGCCUUCUUUUGCGAGGAGAGGGCCAGGUGGAUGACUGGCGUCUGUUUGGCGGUGAAUGGUGGGACUCUUAUGGCGUGA